AGAAGCACGGCCGGCAGCCUGAACACAUGCUCAAGACCCAGGCGCCCCAAGGUCAUGAGGCUGGGAUUCGUCUGUGCUCUGUUUUCUCUCCUGGCAGGGCAUGGCUGGGCAGACACCCGAGCCAUCGGGGCUGAGGAAUGCCGCCCCAACUCGCAGCCCUGGCAGGCCGGGCUCUUCUACCUCACCCACCUGUUCUGCGGGGCUUCCCUCAUCAGUGACCGCUGGCUGCUCACAGCUGCCCACUGCCACAAGCCGUAUCUGUGGGUCCGCCUUGGGGAGCACCACCUCUGGCAAUGGGAGGGUCCAGAGCAACUGUUCCGGGCCACCGACUUCUUCCCCCACCCUGGGUUCAACAAGGACCUCAGGGCUCACGACCACAGUGAUGACAUCAUGCUGAUCCGUCUGCCCAGGAAGGCAUACCUGGGACCUGCUGUGCAACCCCUCAACCUCAGCCAGACCUGUGUCUCCCCAGGCACCCAGUGCCUCAUCUCAGGCUGGGGGGCUGUGUCCAGUCCUAAGGUGCAGUACCCACUGACGCUACAGUGUGCCAACAUCAGCAUCCUGGAUCACAACCUCUGCCGUUGGGCAUAUCCUGGCCACAUCUCGGACAGUAUGCUCUGUGCCGGCCUCUGGGAGGGGGGCCGGGGCUCCUGCCAGGGUGACUCUGGGGGCCCCCUGGUUUGCGACGGGACCCUGGCGGGUGUGGUAUCUGGGGGUGCCGAGCCCUGCUCCAGACCCUGGCGCCCCGCCGUGUACACCAGCGUGUGCCACUACGUGGACUGGAUCCGAAAAACCAUGGAGGACAACUGAGCCCUCAUGCCUUGGGCGAUCAAGAGAGGAGGGUGGGCUCAGGGUAGCUGGAAACAGCCGGACUCCGGCCGCAGAGGUCUCAGCGGCCCCAAGACGCCUCGGAUCUUGAGGCUCCGAGCCCUCAGGGCCCACCCCGUCGGAAAGCAGCGGGGAGACACAACCGGCCCUGUAGCCCCGCCUCUGUGAUGUCACCGGAGCGGGCAUCAACCCCGUGGAGCAGCUUCACCUGUGGCUCCGCGCCAGCAGCACCUCCAGCAGACAGCUCCUCCCCUCGGAACUUUGCCCAAUGAGACUUCCCCUCUGGGCCCCACCUCUUGUAACCCCGCCUCCUCCGUGGGAGAGCCCGCCCCCGUGACAUCAGGGGCGCUGUAGCUUCCCCUACAAGGCUCCGAGGCGUGGUCGGGCUCCGCCGCUUGUGCCCGCGCCCCCGGGCGUUUGAAUCCUGGCGGGGACCCGACUGAGAGAAAUUGAGGGAGGGUCUCAAUUCAU